AUGUAAAAGAAACAAAUAUAAUUUAUGAUGAGCAAACCAUAGAAGAUAUACAACAAGAUAUAUAUCAAGAAGAAAAUAAAUAUCGACAAGAGAAUCAACUAGAUAUAGUUAAUAAAGAUUCUAAUACAGAUUCUGAUAUAAUGAGUUUUAAUUUUAAUGAAGAAGAUUAUUCUAAUAAUAAUUUAAAUGCAGAA